AUGCCGUCGUUUGCUUACAAAACUGAUAGUCCCUUGUGUAGAAAUCCCAGGCAAUCCCAGGCCCUUAGACAGCCCGAGGUUAAGCUGCCAAAAUCAACGGCGGCGGAUCUUGGAACCAGGAUUCACGAGGACAUCAGCAACGGAAACUAUGAAUGCGCAGUAUGCACAGACGAGGUUCUCCGGAAGUCUCACGUGUGGUCCUGCAACGUCUGUUGGACCGUUGUUCACCUCAAGUGUGUCAAAAAAUGGUACCAUAAUCAGAUGAAACAGAAGCAGGAGGCUGCCCGGCCAGCAGAAACGCAGCCGGAUAACCUAUGGAGAUGCCCGGGAUGUAAUUCCAAGCUGUCAGACGAACCAGGCUCCUAUCACUGCUGGUGCGGAAAGGAUAUCAACCCACGGCCAUCAAGCACAUCGCUCCCCCCGCAUUCCUGCGGGCAGACAUGCUCGAAGCCUCGAGGAACGUGCCCUCACCCUUGCGGCCUUCAAUGCCACGCCGGACCGUGCCCGCCGUGCACCCUUGUUGGUCCCGUGCAAUCGUGCUUCUGUGGGAAGAACACUUCGCAGAAGUUGUGCAGAGAGACCGACUAUGAAAACGGUUGGAGCUGCCAGGAGAUCUGUGGCGACCUUUUGCCCUGCGGAGAGCACUUUUGUCCCAACCCUUGCCAUCCCGGACUCUGUGGAGAUUGUGAUCUCAAGGUCGACGCAAAGUGUUAUUGCGGUCGGGUUGAGAAGAAGAUUCCUUGCUACGAACGGCAUGAGGUACGGCCCUCCUACAACGUGGAGGACGGUACAUGGUUCGAAGGCUCUUUCAGCUGCCUGAAUCCUUGCGAGAGGAAGUUCGACUGUGGGAUUCACAGCUGCUCUGCAACCUGCCAUGCUCAGGAUGAGCAGCCGGCUCACUGCCCCUAUUCUCCCGACGUGGUCACCCAUUGCCCGUGUGGCAAGACACCGCUUGACAACUUGUUGGAAGCUCCCAGGCAAUCUUGCCAGGAUGUGGUGCCUCACUGCGACAAGGUCUGUGAUAAGGUCCUCCCCUGUGGCCACCUCUGCAAAGCCAAGUGUCACACGGGCGAUUGUGGAUUCUGCAUGGAGAAGAUAGAGAUAUCAUGUCGGUGUGGGCGAACUACGUCUACAUCCAUUUGCCAUCAAGGAGACGUCCAACAGCCGUGGUGCAUGAGGACAUGCCAGGCGAAUCUGAGUUGCGGCCGUCACAAGUGUGGCGAGCGCUGCUGUCCGGGAGAGAAGAAGGCUGCGGAGAGGCAGGCCGCUAGCAGGAGGAAGAACCGGCAGCCCGGGGACUCCGUCGUCGAGGCCGAACAUAUCUGCAUCCGGACGUGUGGACGGCCGCUGAAAUGCGGCAGCCAUAACUGCCAGCAGAUGUGCCACCGCGGACCAUGCGCAAGCUGCCCCGAAGCCAUCUUCCACGAGAUCAGCUGCAACUGCGGCCGCACGGUGCUUCAGCCGCCGCAGCCCUGCGGGACGCACGCCCCCGAGUGUCGGUUCAAUUGCCCGAGACGGCCGGCUUGCGGACACCCGCCGGUUGAGCACAACUGCCACAUGGACGACACCUCUUGUCCCAAGUGUCCGUUCUUGGUGGACAAGUGGUGUGCUUGCGGCAAGGAAAAGCUCCAUAGCCAGCCCUGUCACCUCCAAGCAGCUCACUGUGGUCGACCUUGCGGUAAGACCUUGAAGUGCGGGUACACCAAACUCUUCUGUGACCAUGCUUGCCAGAACCCUUGCCACGGCCAAACUCCUUGCAAUGAAUCAGCUCCUUGUACCGCCAAGGCGAUCAUCGCGUGUCCCUGCGGCCAGCGCCAACAGGAGGUCAAGUGUCUCGCCAGCAGCUCCAACCCCACGCCAUCUCGUCCCGAGCUCAAAUGCGACGACGAGUGCCUCCGCUUAGAGCGAAACCGACGACUCGCCGCCGCCCUCAACAUCGAUCCCGCCUCCCACACCAACGACCACGUCCCCUACUCAGACCUCACCCUUCGGCUCUUCAAGGAGAACCUCGCCUGGGCCGAGGUACAGGAGCGCGAGUUCCGGGUCCUCUCCAAGAGCCCCGAAGAGCAGCGACUGCGGUUCAAGCCGAUGCCGAGCCACCAGCGGCAGUUUCUGCAUGCGCUGGCCGAAGACUACGGGCUGGAGAGCAAGAGCGAGGACCUCGAGCCGUACCGCUACGUCGUCGUCUGGAAGGGCGCCAAGUUUGUCUCUGCCCCGAGUAAGACUCUGGCGCAGUGCCUCAAGAUCCGGGAGGCGCAAGCGGCCGAAGCAGCCGCCGCCGCAGCCGCCGCAUCAAGGGCCCCGACUCCUCCGCCCGCCAUCGUCGUCGAGCCCUUCAACGCCUUCCUCCUCGUCUCGCCGCGGUUCGGCCUCACGAUCGAAGACGUCGAGGCGGCCCUCCGGCCCGACCUCGCAAGCCAGUCUGGCCUCUCCUUCACCACGGCCUUUUUACCCUCCGACGAGGUCCUGGUCCGCGCCACGGCGCACUACUCUUCCUUCCUCACCCCCACCGCCGUCGAGCAGGCUCUCCAGGGCAUGAAGCCGCGCCUCGAGGCCACCAUCAAGCGGCAGGACAUUGCGGGCAACAUGCUCCUCUGCCACGUCGACGCCAACGAGCGCGUCUCGCGCAGGGAGGACAUUAGCCGGAGCGACGCCUCGGGCUGGAGCGCCGUCGCUGGAAGGGCCGCCACGCCGGCGGCGCAGAAGGAGGAGGGGACGGCGGCGACGGCGUCGGGUUCGGGCGGCGGUGGUAGUAGUACUACUGGCAAGAAGCGGGUGCUGCUUGGGCUGAGGAAGAAGAAGGCGGAGACGCCGGCGAGAUCUUGGACGGCGCAGCUUGAUGGGGAUGUCGAGUGUUGA